AUGGCCUCCCCCGAACCGAACGGCGAAGAAACGUCCUACGUCAAGAUGUCCACAGCCGCCGUCGACAGCCGCGGCACCGACGCGAGCCUCGUCGGCGCCCAUUGCCAAUACUCCUACUGCAACCAACUCGACUUCCUCCCCUUCCGCUGCCAAUCCUGCAACAAGACCUUCUGCCUCGAGCACCGCACCGAAGACAGCCACGCAUGCACGAACGCGGGCGCCUGGGCCGAGCGGCGGCGGCAGGCCGAGCUGGCGCGGCACUCGGCCGGCGAGGGCAAGCGCAUGCGCGACUUCGUCUCGCAGAAGCCCUGCGCCGGCGACGGCUGCAAGACAGUCAUCGGCACGAGCCUGGUGCCGGGCGUGCACUGUGCCAACUGCAACCGCGACUACUGCCUCAAGCACCGGCUGCGGGAGGACCACGACUGCAAGAACAAGACGCCGAUCGGGGCGCGCGCCGCGGGCGCCGCGCAGGCGGCCGCCGUCGCCGAGGGCGCCCGGAGCGCGCUCGAGCGCUUCCGGCUGUGGGGCCAGGCGAAGCGCGAGCAGGCCCGCCAGUCGCUCGCGCCGCCGUCGUCGAAGUCCAAGGUGGCGCAGGCGCUGGCGGUGAACACGCUUAAGAAGACGGCCAAGGGGGACGCCAAGAUCGCGCCGGAGAAGAGGGUCUAUCUCUACGUGGAGGCCGAGGCGGCGACCGCAAAGGCUAAGAUUCCCAAGGGCGAGUUCUUCUACUCGAAAGACUGGGUUGUGGGGAAGAUGCUGGAUGCGGCGGCGCGGAGCCUGCAGGUGCAGAAUGUCAAUAACCAGUCGAAUUCGGAGGCGGAUCGGCUACGGGUGUUCCAUGUCGAAGGGGGGAGGUUAUUGGAGUUCAAUGAGAAGCUGGGGGAUGCGUUGCAGAGCGGAAAUACGGUUGUGCUGUUAAGGGGUGUUGGGCCGCCGCCGGAUCUGAUCACGCCAUGA